AUGAGCGAGAGACAGAUAAACCUGCUAUCUGCCUUCACGUCCUGGGAUCGCUGCAGUAACAUGUGUGUUCAACUCAUGGAAGCGUUAAAAGACGCAGGCCUAGACGUCACGGUUCUUGCUCUAGAAGGUCUUUCCCGCAUUGAAAACGACGUAAAAUCAGAUCAGUUCCCAGGAAGUGUGGGUAAUAAAGUUCGAGACGUUCUGCGACAAUGGCGUUGCGAGUCGCCGUUAACAGGUGCAUAUUCAGGAGCAUACAAACGGGUACCUAAAUUUCUAAGAAGUCUCACCAUCUUCACAACGUUUAAAGUACCCCUAUUCAUCGACGACUUCGGAAAAAAGGAGCUACUGAACAAUUAUACAGAUAGCGAAGACAUCCAUAUCAAUGAAGAGACAGCGAUUUUUCACGUCACUCACUCGCAGGAAGCCGGAAAGAUAGUUAAAGAACAACAGUUGAAACCAAGUGACAACAAGAACAUCAUCGAAGGAACUUGGUUUGGACUUGACGAGUCGCCUAGCGUCUAUGGUAGCGAAAGCUUUCAAACAACGUUCCGUGACUUAGGCGUUAAGGGGCUUCGUCAAGGCGAGAUUGUCUCUUACAAGAAUGAGGUCAAUGUGAUCCUGUACGCUGAAGAGGGUACUACGGAGUUUAAAGGUUUGAAGAAACCAACCGAUGAAGCUGUGAAGAAAAGAAAUUCAAACGCAUAUAUACAUGUAUCCAUAUUUGUGCCAGCCAAAUUCUUACCCUCCCCUGACGAAUUUAAGGAAGUUAUUAGCGGUCCUAAAAAAGUUCUUCACGGCCCGUUUUGUGUCAGGAAGAAGCGAUCAAACCACCCGUGCACAGAACAGAACCAAAUCAUAAGAUGAUACUCCACGUCCAUGAAUAUGAAACUGCUUCUGUAUCGUAUACAUAUACAUAGAUACAUACAUAUACUUUAUUUGACCUCGAAUUUAAAGUAGCUAAAGAUAAGCUAGUAUCUUCGAGUUACAAGUAUGAUUUAAAAAAACUAAUAAAACAAGAAAUUAUAACAUUCUAAUAUUUAAGCUUUUAAAAAGUGUCAUAGUGACCAUACUGUAGAAUGUUGCGCUUGAAAUCAGGAAAGUCAGAAGUUUUAAACGAAUCUGGAAGAGAGUUCCCUAGUUUUGAAGCCAUAUACGAAAAGGAGUGUAGACCAUAAGUACAGUCGACUCCCAAUAACUCGAACCUUCAACGGAAAUCGAAAAAAGGUUCGAGUUAACGGGAGUUCGAAUUAUCGGGAGCUCGAAGAAAAUAGCCGAGAGUAAGGUAAAACACCGUUUUUACUGCACAGUGAACAUUUUAAUCUCAUUUAAUUGUAGAAAUGUCAAGUGAAACUUAAAACAUGCUUCAAGAUUAUAAAUCAGAACGUAACGUAACAAAACAUAGCCUAAAUAGAGCAUGCGUUUUACUGUUUUGAGAAGAAAAGCUGCUUCAAGUUAGCCUGUGACAAUCAACAUCAGCCUCCACUAGUAAACUAUACACCUACAAUACGUCAAUAGGAAAUCCGAAAUUCAAUGUUUCGGACGCCCGUAUACGGCUUUUUUCCCGACUUUUUAAGGGCUCAAAACAUGGUUCGAGUUAUCGAGGGUAAAAUUAUAUAGAAAAUGACCUGCGGGGAAACGAAAAUUGGUUCGAGUUAGCGGGAGUUCGAGUUAUCGAGGGUUCGAGUUACCGGGGGUAAAAUUACAGUGAAAGUAUGACGGAAAUCCAGGGGAAAUCGAUUUUGGUUCGAGUGAGCGCGAGGUUCGAGUUAGCGAGGGUUCGAGUUAUCGGGAGUCGACUGUAGUAUUUCUUGCAGACGUGUAUAUCGUCGUAUAUCUGGUAGAUGUUAGCAACAUCAAUCAUUGUCGAGAUAAAGAAAACAUAGCCUGCAGUGCAGGCGUAUUUUUGGGUGGGCGAAACCUUGUUCGUGUUCGAAAUAUUGUUGUAGCCGCCAUCUUUGAUUUUAUGACAGUGGAAAAUUGGGGAGCGUAGAAAUAGUAACCCUUACGGUAGGUGCGAGGGCGAAAGAAGGAAAGGAGGGAGGGGAAGGGGAGAAAAAAAAUACGGCGUUUUCUCUUCUCUCUCCCCGCCCCCUCCCCGCUCCCUUUGACUCGCCCCAUCUCCUCCUCUCUUCGGGAAGUUUCAACAUGACGCUUUCGCGAGCAAAUUGCGCGCUCAAAGAGAACGCCUGCACUGCAGGCUAAAGAAAACAGGAAAAAGUUUUUCGCAAAUUUUAAGCGUCCCCAUGAAGGUGUUCCUUUUGACGAGUCGACACAACCUGUGGCAUUGAAAUACUAACAUUCAUGAAGCAUUAUUGGUCUUGUACACCUUGUUACUUGAUUGUUUAUUGUCUAUUACCCAGUCUAUUACCCAGGGUCAUUUUUGAUUUGGCAAUUUUCUCGUUUCCCGAGCCAUUUUACCCUUGUUACGGACCAGAAAUAGACCUUAUUCGCAAUGCCCGCCGUCUUUGCACGCCCCUAGGAACUGAUGGGAUAAUAGCGAUCUCACGUGGUUUCUCAGGGGACAAACAAGUGAUAAAAUUUGCCAAGGCAAGAGAUCGCGGUCGUGUUUGUUUAUUCUAAACAACAGAAAUUGAAGGAUUUUUUAUCUUAAAGGCGAUAAUGGCAAAUUGUAGGUGGAAGUGAUCACUGGUACAUUUUUGGAUGCGGUAGCGACCGGACAUGUCCUCGCAGCAAGCAAUAAUGACGUAAAACUUGUCGAAAACGUACAUUUUGCGUUUCUAUUAAACCUCGAUCGCGAUUUCUUGCAUUGGCAAUUACAAAUGUUAUCACUUGUUUGCCCUCUGAAACACCACGUGACAUUCCUUAUAUCUCAUCAAUCCUAAAGCGCGUGCAAAGGUGGCGGGUAUAGUGAGUAAGACCCUGUUUACAUGGAGUGGGGGACCCCGGUCUAGUGGGGUAGGUUUCUUUUGUUUUGUGUCCCCCAUGGCGUGAAAACAAAAGAAACCAACCCCGCUAGACCGGGGUCCCCCACUCCAUGUAAACAGGCCCUAAGGCCUAAGGUCUAUUAAAGACAAAUAUGCUGAAAUAUUUCUCUUUGAACAGCUAUGGUGGUGAAGUCAUAUGUAGCUACAAAAAAUCCCGUACGCGUUAACUUUUAAUUCCAUCGUUAAAUGUAAAUCUCUUAUCAUCAAAACAGCUAAGUGAAAUUUACAAAUUUUAUAAUUAAACGUUUCAAUUGUUAGUUUUUUACUUCGAAUGGCUUUUCAUACAUAGUGAUAUAUUUGCUUAAUUUGUUUUUAAAUAAUACGCCUUUGUUAGGUUUAUGUUUGAUUGUCAUUUUCCACGACUGCCAUUAUUUGCCCUAAGUAUGAAUACAUCAGGUAGAUAUAUGGAUAGGUAGAUAGAUAGUGUUAUUAAAAUAAUCAAAUUGCAGCCAGCAGGUUAAAUUGCUUAAUUAUUUACAAUAUUAUAAAGGGUAUAUAAUUUUGGUAAAAGACUAAUUACAAUUUUGUUAAUUAGGAAUAAUGACACUAAAAAAAAAAGAAAAGAAAAGAAAUAUAACAUAUCUGACUCGAUGAAUAUGUUAACUGGUUUACACAUUAGGGCCAUUUAUACGAGGAAAAAUAAGACGCGGCUUACAUAAGACGCGAACUGUACCAUUUAUACGAGCAUGUCUUAUCUAAUAAGACGCGUCUUAGCAAAGCCGCGUCUUAUUUUAGACGAAAUGUGCCGUUUAUACGGAAAGUUCGCGUCUUAUUUACGCGUCUUAUUUUUCCUCGUAUAAAUGGCCCUAUUAACUGACAAUACAAAAAUAUAUUUGCACGACCGCACAUGGCCGGGGCUGGUAUGAACGACUUUUUGAAGCGGUUUGUGGCCUUGGUGUUUCGGAGGAAGAGGGCAAGCGAGUUUGUGCUGACCCGAGGAUAUACUAUUAAACAGCUUAACACACUGAUCGCUACGUCUAUCUUAUAAAGUGCUGAGACCAAAACUGACUAAACAGUGUUUGUAUGCCAGUUUGUGAGGCGUUAUUAUAGACAGCGGUCUUUUUGUAGGAACUCAAGGUCCUCACUUAGAUAGUCGAGUAGACUAUGGUGGAAUAUGGGUGAGCAAAUUCUAGUACCGUCUUAUUACUGUACAGCAGAAGUUGACAAUAUCUUUACAGCUCAUGCCAGCUGUCUUUAGCAGAACCGAAAAAUAGAAACGCUUAUUUGCUUUCUUAAUUGUUUCAUUUAUACCACCGUUCCACUUGAGAUCGUUAGACAUUGUUACAGUCAACCCUGUCUCACCAGACAUCUCUCUAAGACGGACACCUGAUGUUAGUCCCUGCCGUUUUUCAGUCAUUUUACUGUAACUAAUUGCCCCCGCAGGGAUUUCGCCCAGAGGCGAAAUCCCGAGGAGGCAUCCUAGUAACUCGCGCAGUAUAUUAAGGACAGUACUUACAGUUCAAAUAUACAGUCAGUAUACUAGAAAAAAUCUCGAUUUGCUCGAACUGGGGCCGCGAGGAAUCGGUAGGUAAUGAUGACGUUUCUAUUGUUUGCGCCCGCAAGUACGAAAUGGUUAGGAUGACGUAAAGACAGAAAAUCCUGAAGGGACCACUCAGGUAGAUUUUGUGACAUCUAUUGUGCAGUCACACUUCGAUACUCUUUUGCGUUACGCAGUGACAUUCUGUGGAGCAGUUGUUUUGAAAGUUAUGGACCAAAAGACACUCGUUAAGCGCAGGGGAGGUUAUAAGGUGCGUUUAACUGUGUAGAUAUAUAAACACUUGGAGAGUUUGCCAGACACGAGUUCACAAAUCUUUGAUUUAUAUUGGAAACCUUGCCAGACACUCUUUCUCUCUAUUUGACCGGAAUAAGACUCAGCCCCAAACAAGCAAGACGCGUGAACAACGGCUAGCUUAUCACUAGCAGAUUGAUGGACAUUUACAGAAAUUCGCCGACAAUCAAAUUCUGUGCUGACUUAUUCCCUGUUCACAGAUGUCCUUCCGUUAUAAAGUUUCAAAUAAGACUAGAAUGCGCUAGCGUGAAUCGAUCAAACGCCCUUUUAAUUUCUAAGGGUUACUUUCCGCCAAAUAAAAUAAACUGAAUGUAAAAAGGGAAAGAGAAAUAGCGAAAAAUUCAACUUCUAAUUAAAUCUUUUCUUAUGGUUUAGAAUAAACUAUUCUCGAAACUGAGAAUGUUUUGAUCAAAGCUGUGUAAAUCUAGCUGAAACUGUGCAUAGAACCUUGCGUUUCCUGUAUUUAUCUCACCUAUUGUAAGGAAUAUGUUAGCCUGCGUAGCAUGGCGGUUUUGGUUGGGCGCGCUAAGUAAUAAAGGCGGGCGAGGGCAGAGAAACCGCGAGGAGAUUGGGGCGGAAGCAACUUAUUUUUCUCGCGGCUUCGCCGCUCGUUCUCGUGCGCUUCGCGCGCGAAUUUCGCGGCUACGCCGCUCCUGCGCCCGGCUCGACAAAACCGCCAUGCUACGCAGGCUAGGAAUAUGUGUGAAAAUCUUCAUUAUGAAUCGGUAUAUUUCAAAGAGCUACACAACCAGCAAGAAUACUAUUAACCGACAAUAUACAAAACGGGAGCAGCUGUAGUGUCAACUAUUACUGGUUAUACUCUCUAUAAGACGGACACCUUUCUAAGACUGAUAACGGACACUACUUUUGAAACCGUUAAUGGACACUUGAAAAGUGCUUUAUGCAAUGAAAAUACCUCAAAACGGAAAUGUAGGUGCUCUACAUGAGUAAAGAUUUCCAGCUAGCAAUUGGCUUUGUAUAAUAGGCUAUUAGAGCCAAUUUCUUGCCAUAAUAUCUUGGUGUUUUUAUUCAGGACAAACUAACGAAGAAUCAGCUGCCACAGUUGUACAUUCUUAUUAAAAGACUACGAACACAAUUUGGUUUUUCUGGCACAGUUCUUUAAUGGUUAGAGUCAUACAUCCGAGAUCACUUUCAGAAGGUAGUGAUUGGAUACACAGAGUGCAGAAUAAUCUUUCAGGACUCAUUCUUAUAGGGCAUUUCUUUUAAGCAUUUAUUAGCAUUUUUAUCGCAUUUUUAGCCCAUUGUAGCAUUUCGUAUUUUUUUAAGGACAUGAUGGAUUUUUAUUUCUGUAAACGCAUUAAGGCAAUGCAUAAUGCGUUCCAAAAACUGUAAUUAUUAUUUAAAAAGGUUCUAUAGCUUCUAAAUUGGAUUACUGAAACUCUCGUUUUUAUGGAUCACUGACCCAACACUAGCGUGCGAAUACAGCCGUUUCUCCUUGCUCCACGGCUGUAUUCGCGGACUAACCUAGCACCUUAUUCCAGUUCUUUCUAACUUGAGGCGGAGCGCAAAUUAUAAAAGGAUUUAUUGCCUGCGUCGUAGGCGCUCUAAACCCGUUGUAUAGAAAUACAAAUAGUUCAGACGAGUACGUGGGCCGGCUGCAACGCAGGCUAAGGAUUUGCGACGCUGAAUAAUGUCGCAAGCUUGCAGUUUAUUUUGCUUCCAAAGUGAGGCCGGAAGUUGCUCGAGAUAUAGACUUUCAAAAAAAGUCCUUCGACGGAUUUAAUAUGGCGCGGGACGAAGGACGGCCUCUCGCGACUUCGGGUUGGUCCCUUCACGGCCUAAAAAGGCUCGCUCCGCUCCCCAAGAGGCAGUUACCAUGGUUUCGUAACCGUUGUGAUAAGCGUCAUUAUCCUUUUUGUUUGAAAGAAUAGAUGUUUUUAUACUUGUUUUUGUAUUGUGUGUUAUUGCUUUUCAUAAAGUUUAUGUUGCGAUGUUGUGGAGAUUGCGCAUGUUCAUCAAGUUUUGUAAGGGAGUGUACUGAUGUCAGUCACGUUGCUGGAGAAGGUGUGGAUUUUACUGUACAUAAGGAAAGUGUUGUUGUAGAGGAAAUAAAGGAAGUGUAACUGAGAUCUCGUCGUGCGCAAUUCAUUUGACAGAAAUUGUAAUCGAAACGUGGAAUUUGACGAAAAGUAAUAGCAUGCAGGUUCUUCAUAACAGAAUUUGAAACAGGAUACUGGCGGAGAUGACCUCUCGUGCUAGCAGACUUCUAGCCUGCGUAGCAAGCGUUUUCCGCGCGAGUUCGUCGAGAAAGUUGGGACGAGAGCAAAAAAAUUGCUCUCGCUCUAACUUUCGCGCAAUAACUUGAUUGGAAACGCUUGCUACGCAGGCUAGCAGACUUCCGGUGAAGAAGUUAAGGCGUCUGUUACUCAUAAGGAGAAAGGUAGGGUAUUUUUACGGAAGGGUAUCCGGAAAAAUAUAAUUUCUUACUAUUCCCCGCAUUCACAAUUAAUUCCACAACCACGACGCCGAAGUGCACGCUGUCUUGUCGUUGGUAUAUCUUCGGGACCAGUUCGGAACCAAUCGGUACAAGUCGGAGAAUCGUCGGUAAUUGGUCGUUUGAAACACGCUAUCUAUUUGACAUCUCCGUCAUGAUGGCCACCAUGGCAGACGGAUUAAAAGAAAGAGAAAACCUUUACAAGUUGAUGAUAAGGUAGAGUAAAGUGACUAAAUGUGUUGUUCGCAGUUUUCGUAGCUUAGAAAACGUUGCCAAAAGAUCUUAUAGGAGCAAUGAACAGUGGUAGGUGAAAAAAGCAAGAUGGCGGCUUUUUGUUUGGACCCCACAGAAGAAACAGCAAGAUCGAUAUCACAGACAUUUAUUUAUCUUUGCUGUUUUUUCCCUUAUCUAUAUACCUCAAAAAUUUGUCAUGAUUUUUAACUUUUAACAUUGGACCUGGUGGUAUUUCCAUCACAUGGUCGAUAGUUUCUGUGCAGUAUUAACCCGUUUAUGAUGAAUUGAUAGCUUACGUCUUGGUUAAUUGACUACUGAUCUUCGAUUCCCCCCCUUCUUCACGUAUUUUUCAAAGUUACUUUAAACACCAUCAAGGUGAUUUCGAUGGAUUUUGUAAAUCUGAGAAAAGUUACUUAAAGAUAUUGUCAAAAUGCAAUGUCUUUUUUUUCUUGUUGUGCAAGCAGCUGCAUAAGGUUGACUGUGCAAUGUGUGGGCGCUGAGAGUCCUUACUUCUUCAAUAAGCUAAAAUUUUCGAUUAUUUGCUAGUUUUUUCUCUAAAUGACUUUGUAAGGGAAACAGCUGUCCGAACAGCCUUGCCUUCAUCUUAUAGCGGUUUUCUAUACUCUAACGAAUCCGAAUAGACACAGACAAUCAAAAUUAAAAGAGCCAAUCGGGUCUCAAAGCAAACACAUGUGACGUGCUGUAUGUGUGCAAGUGUGCGCCAAGGUCACGAUCGAAUUCGACUGCGCUGUGACACAGAGGAUUUCAAUGUUGUUCCGCCCCAAGUAAGGGAAUGCGGAUUCCGGAAUUCCGGAAAUUUUUGCUUGUGGAAUCCGAAAUUCUGGGCUUUGGAAUCCUCACGCUACAGCGAAAAUCUGAAUUUAUCGAGACCCUGAGGAACCCACGGUAAACGUCCAUCAUACAUCAAAUGACAACACCCUAUACACUUAAUGUCAGAUCCCGAGGGAAACAGUUAGUUUUGUUUUCCCGAGAGUCCUGAUGUUUCCUGAGACGAAGUCGAGGGAAACAUCAGGACUCAAGGGCAAACAAAACUAACUGGUUUCCCGAGGGACCUGACAUUAAGUGUUUUGUUAUAUUCUAUUCUUUCACUUCAACAGCAACAAGAGAAUAACCGGAGCGAACCCAAACAGUCGACUCGGUACUUAUAGCCACACAUAUUUAAUUCUCAAAACCUCUGAAUGAAUGAUUUACAAAGUACCUUCCUUACAUUAUCUGCAUCAUUUUCCUCCACUAGCUGCUGUUUUUCUUCUGGGAACUUCUUGGAUAACUUUAAAAAUCGUUGCUUUUUAGCUUGAGGCUUCGUGUUUGUGUUGUUGUGUUCAUUCACGAAAAAGAAAACUGGUAGGACCUGGCAGUGUUUUCCCCCCGGGGGGGGGGGGGCACUUGGGUAUUUUUUGGGUGGGUAUGUGCCGCCCGGGACUCCAAAUUGGCACCCCGUUCUGGAAAAAAUUUCCCCUAAAAUUGAUACCCCAUUCUAGAAUUCGCCCUAAAACUGAUAUCCCGUUCUAGAAAUGGGCCAAUUUUUUAUACUCCGUUCUAAGGUGCAAUAAGAGUACAGCGGUUUGCUUGUUAACGCAUUGAACCGUAUGUUUAAAAGCAAUCUGUCCUUGAAUAAUUUCAAAUGUCUGCUUACAAAAGUGGAGCUUUCGUGCGUUCGAAAUAUUAUACCCCGUUCUAAAAAACGCCUCUGAAAUGGAUACCCCCGCUCUAAAUCAGGAGCUUCAAAAUCACGACCCCUUUGGGCGGCACAUACCCGUAUAGGUAAUGUAUGGAAGUACCCCCCCCCCCGGGGGGGGUUUCCCUCCUUUUGUCACGCCUCUUUCCACCAUGCUUUGAUCACGUGCUGUAAUGUAGCCCGAGCGGGGUACAUUGCUUAAUGUAUCACGAUCGGGAUACAUUUGAUUUUAGUCAAGGCCACGUGACCAAGAAUCAACCAAUGGCAGUCCCUGUUUAGUUGAGUAAAAGUCUAGGAAUAAAACAUUAUCACUGACCAAUCUUAACUGGCUCAAAGACAGUACCGUCGAACUUCUCCUUACCAAUACCAUUUUAUUGCUGAGAGUUCUCUUAUGUAAAUUUAAAAAAAAUCAACUACUGGAUCCUACUGAAAUUCUGUGGAAUAUUCAACUUGUAGCUAAUUCAGUUAAAGUUCCAAGGAGCAGCCGAAGUUCAUUCAAAUAUGUUGAAUUUAGGAGUUAGACGUGAAACGCCACAUGCCGUUCGUACUUCAGCUAAAUUUAGCGCAAGUCAAUCGAGUUUUAGACCGGUUUUUUAAAGUUUGAUACUUCUGAAGCCAUGAGUUAAGGACGGUAAUAGUUUCUUCAGAUUUUUAUGUAAACUGGUGCAGUCUUGAUUAACUAUCUGCGCCGUUUUUGUUUAGUCGAGGGAAUAAACACUUUGGUGAGGUGUCCCUGCCUAGACAUAGACAUGGACACUUUAUUUUACGUGGUAAAUAUGCUUCGCCAUACACAUAUCCCACGGGUAAAAUUAUUGCAGAAAUUAAUUUUUGAAUUACUAACUGCUAAGAUUAUGAAUUAGCUAUAAUAUAAUUCAGCUGAUAAUUUAAAAUACUUUUAACCUGAAAUUAUGACAUUAAGACCAAAGUCAAAAAAGUUUUACAAAUUUAAAACUUUAAACCACGUACCCCGUUAGCAAAUUCCUUCGUUCCAGCUUAAGCACGCAAAUUGUCCCUAUUCCGCGCGGCCAGACGAGUUUUGACUCGGCUCCAGCAUAACGCUUUCGUGUCACGUGACUGAACACCUGUAAAGGAUCUAAGCAGUCCGAAUAAAAAUCACGGUUUCGAUUCCUUUCUGCGCGUCCAUGAUAUCUCAUUAUGAAAAUAUAAAGAUGAUAUCUUAAAAGUGCGUUUUUAUUGCUUUAAGAAUCAAAAAUUAUUUUAUGAUUCUAAUUGGCAGUUCUCUCCGACAGCAAGUCUAGACUGGGUUUGUGCCGCAGGCAAAGUUACCAACACAGCUAUUGCAUCAUUGAAAAUGUUUCUCAGUUAAAAAGGAAGGCUGUGAAUCAAUUGCUGUUGUUUUCAAGUGAUAUGACAGCUGAUAUGAUUAUCGUAUUAUUUUUCGACGACCAAUCCGCAAAAGUUAUCGGUUGUGACUCAAAGCUGGCGCAGUUAAUAUGCAAAUUUCAGCUUUAGUCUUUGGGAGUCAUUACGGAGUUUAAGAUACGGAGACUACGGACUACGAACUACGGCUGGACGAGCGUUGUCCUUUGUUUGUAGCACUGGAUAUAGAACGUUAAGAUUGCACUACAGACAGUAGACUACGAGAGAAGAGGCGGAGAGGGAAACAACACGCAAAGAUUUUCUUGUUUUUAUCACAGUUCACAAAAAUACAAGUCAGUUUUGCUUGUGAUCUUAUCUUUAGAACAGUGAACAAAUUCUUCCAUACUUGAAGGAAGUAAUUACGUCGGGUGAAACUGGUAAACAAAGUUUUGGUUACACAGGUUUUAUUUUUUCGCCCACGAAUACUUAUGUCAAAUAUUCAGUAAAGAAAUAGAUAGAAAUAGUAACAGCUCAUUUAUUAGAUUUAGAAGAUGGACUUCUCCGACUACUGAUCUGAUGUACUUUGAAGUAUUGAAAUGCCGAGUUUCGAUUGUCUCGAAGAUGUUUACAUCAUUUUCAUUCAGCAAAUACGAUACAAAAACUCGCAUAAACAAAGGUUACACAAGUAGAAAAACACACUAAUCAGUUCGAACAAACAUUGAAACUUUUCAAGAGCGAAGAGAAAGUAAAUUACCUGCAUGAUUUCUCUUCUCCUCAGCCGUCAAUCUGAAUUCUGCGUAUAAACAGCUAAGUUUAUUUAAAUAUGAGCUUAGCUAGAUAAAAAUGUAGUCACAACGGUGGAUUAAAAGCGUAAAUCUGAGCAGAAAUUAGACACAACUUACAUAUUUCGCUUCCCCCUCACUUAAGGCAGGUGAAUUGAAACUUUUUUACGAAAAGACGAGAUUAUUGAAUUACCGAGACGGCAAAAAUACGAGCAACUACGUGGGAAAAAUGAACAGUCACGUGGUUUUGAUCAUGCGCAGUAGCAUGUUUAACCGUAGUCGUAGUCCGUAGUCGCCGUAUCUUAAACUCCCUAUUCUAAUUAUGAAAGCCGAAUAGUAGUUGCUACAAAGUACAACCAAAGGAUGGAUAAAGAUGAGUAACAUAGACCUACUAUCUACCUUCUUGACGUUCCGCAGUUGCACAGAAGUCUUUGAAAAGGUCAUAGAAGCUUUAAAAGACGCAGAUCCAGCGAUCGCUGUUCUUGCGCUUGAAGGUCUCUUCUGCAUUGAAGAAAAGGUAAACUCAAAGCAGUUCCCUGGGGUUCCAGAAUCUCAAGUCAAAAACAUUUUGCGAAAAUGGCGCUGCGAGUCGCCACUAAGUUGGGGAUAUGAGACAGAUAGGGCGCCUAAGUUUCUCAAAGGUCUCACAAUCUUUAAAACCCUUCAAGUUCCGCUAUUCAUCGAUAAUUACGGGAAUAAGGAACUAUUGAGCAGUUUUAAACCUGAAGAGAAAAUGGACGUCAGAAUUGAUGGAGACACACCGAUAUUUCACGUUACUCACCAGGAGGAAGCCGAAAGGAUAGCUAGUGAGGGUAAGUUUCAACCGAGUGAUAACAAGAACAUUAUCAAAGGAAUUUGGUUUGGA